ACAGUUGAAAACUCACAUUUUCUUGUUACAAUUAAAGUUAUCAUCUCAUAUUCACUGAGUCAAAUUUCAUCUCUUUCAUCAUCAUCAUCAUUAUCAUCACCAUAACCAUCAUUCAAACAUAUUACAAUUAAUAAUAGACAAACGGAAACAAGAAUAAUAAUCAAUAAGUAAUAAAAAGUUAAAUCAACUUUUCUAAUGAAAAACAAAACUUUGUAACUUUCUAAUUUUGUGAUCAAAAUCAAAAAAUUGCAAAAACUUUCAAUGGAAACCUAAUCAGCUGAUUGUAAUGGAUAAACUUAAUUAGUUAAAUUAAUCAAUAUCAACUCAUGAAAAUAAUAGUUAAUAUCAUCGCCUCGAUCAUCAAUAUUUUCAUCACUUCCAUCAUCUUUUCUGUCAUCAUCUUUUAUUCAUUGAUCCAUUGUGACACUAACAAUAUAGUUGAGAUCAAGGUUAUUGUUGGCGGAAAUGUAAGACUACCGUGUAAUGUAACAAAUCAGAUAGAAGAUGAUUCGGUUACUCUAAUUUUAUGGUACAAGGAGGGGACUGGUGGUCAGCCUAUCUACACCCUUGAUUCUCGAGCUAAUCUUGAUACCGAUGGACCUCAAGUUUUCUCACAUCAACGGUUAGAUAAUCGUGCAUCUUUUGAAUUCAAUAAAUCUUCCGUCCAUGGAUCACUCCUUUUAAUCAAUCCAGUAACAAAUGAAGAUAAUGGUAACUACAAGUGCCGAGUCGAUUUUAGAAGAGGUCGAACUCAAGUAACCAAUAUAAACCUUUUCGUAAUCGUACCUCCUUCAAGAAUAAGCAUAAUCAAUGGGGAUAACGGUAAAGAGAUAAUUUUACCUAAUCCAGUGUCUUUCGAUGAAAAUGCCAACAUAAACCUUAUCUGUCAAUCAUCUGGAGGUCGACCAUCUCCAUCACUUUUCUGGUACCAUGAUGAUCAAUUAAUUGAUAAUAGUUUUGACAUAAUUGAUUCUAAUAUCGGUUUAGUGGAAAAUCAUUUAACCAUAAUCAAUAUCGAUAAAAAAAUACUCAAUUCAAUCCUAUCAUGUAAAGCAACGAAUAAUAAUUUCACUAAUGGACCAACAAUAUCAUUAACUUUAGAUAUAAAUAUUAAACCCAAUUCAGUUGAAAUAACUAACGAUCGUCAACCAAUAUCGGCUGGUCGAAAGAUUGAAAUUAUUUGUGUUGCAUCAGGUUCACGACCUCCAGCUCGAGUUACUUGGUUCAAAGAUGAUAAACCAAUGAUACGUUCGAGGCAAAGUUAUUCAGCUGAUGGUCUUGUCACUACAAGUGCCUUAAUCUUGAUGCCGACUCGUGAUGAUGAUAAAGCAAACAUUUUCUGUAAAGCCGAUAAUCCAAGAUUAAAUAAUUCAUUCAUUCAAGACUCAUGGAUUCUUGAAGUUUAUUAUGAUCCAAAAGUGUCUCUAACAAUUGGAAAUUCAUCUAGAGCUGCCUUAGUAAAAGCCGGUGAUCGAGUAGAACUCAAUUGUAACGUUUCUGCAAAUCCAAUGGUUUUUGAGGUUCGAUGGUAUCGAGAUGGUGAACCAUUGAUCAAACAUACAGGAGUCAAACAAUUAAAUACAACAUUGAUCAUUGAAAAAACGAUACGACAAGAUCAUGGUCGAUAUCAAUGUUCAGCAAUGAAUAUUGAAGGUCAAACAAUGUCAAAUGUUUUCCAUUUGGAAGUUCAUUAUCCACCGACAUGUAAGAAAGGUCAACGGGGUAUUGUUGGUGUUUCUCUUGGUGAAACCCUCAGAAUUACAUGUGAGGUUGAAGCUUCACCGGGAAAGGUUGACUUUUACUGGUUACUAAAUGGAUCAAUGGGUCACGAAAAUCAACCUGAUUUAACAAAUUUCAAGUUCAAUUCAGAAGGAUUAAUAUCAAAGCUUGAAUAUCAAGUAAAAAGUAAAGACGAUUUUGGUAUAUUUGAGUGUUGGUCUCGAAAUGCUAUUGGACCACAAUUGGAACCUUGUCUUUUCACCUUAAUACCCUCUGGUCCCCCUGAGGCUCUUUCAGAAUGUACAAUCUAUGAAAGAUUAUCAGAUAAAUUGUUUAUCAAAUGUUUACCUGGUUAUGAUGGAGGAUUAAAUCAAACAUUUAACUCUCAAGUUUUAGACAAUCGUAAACAAAUUAUACAGAAUAUAAGUAAUCCAAUUGAGCCGAUUUUCAAUAUAAGUGACCUUACACCAGAAUCCAGUUAUAUCUUAAUGCUGUUUUCAUCCAAUUCAAAUGGAUCGUCAAGAAUUAUUUCCCUCACAACUACGACUCGUUCUUGGAGAGAUGAUGGGGAUUUUGUCUUGUAUCUAUUUGACUCCAAUAUCAUGUCCGCUGUUAGAUUAGGCUUGAUAUCGGCUGUUAUUUUAUUGUCCUUGGUAGUGACCAUUGCCUUUGGCAUACGAAAGCAUCGACAGCUUAAAACAACAGUAAUCAAACAAUCAAAUAUAAUGGAAUCUGAAUCCUUUGGUGAUAAUCUAACUGAUAGCUAUGCAAAACCAUUCACUUCGGGUGCAAUUAAUCCUGAUGUGGUUCCUUCAUCAAAAGAUUGUUAUAUUGAUAAAGUAAAUGAUCAAUUGAUUGGGACAAAUCACUACACUAAUUAUGUUUUACCUUCGUACAAUCAAAUGUCUACAACAACGAGUAAUUAUAAUUACACUAUUGGAUUUACUGGUUCUCAAGGAUAUGGAAUUAAUUUUGUGGAUAAAAAGUUAUAUUCAGUUGGAUCAUUUCCCAAUUUUCGUGAAACAAUCAACAAUUUACAAGAAGUUAAUUGUGAUAAUUCAAUUGCUCUUGGUGAUCUUACAAUGAGAAGUCAAUUGUUACCUAGACGAUCAUUUCAACACACCAACAAUUUAAGGAUAAAUCAACAAAGAAAUGUUCAUUUUGGAACCAAUAUUAGCGGAUUUUCAACUCCAGUUUAAAUUAAUCAUCAAAAUUUAAUCACAAUCAACCUGUAAAUUGUUACACUGAGUGUUUAAUUUGCUAUAUGACUUAAUUACCUCAACAAUCAAAUUUUCAAAUCAAAUUAUUGAAACUAAAUUAAUGCCUAAAAAAUUGCUAAUAAUGAUAAGUAAAAAAAUGAAAUAAACUUUUUCCAAUC